GUUUCCAAGACGACUUCUUCCAGAUCAGGAUGAAUGGGAAGCUGGUUGUCGUGUUAGUAGUGCUCGCGCUUGCGCAGUACACAGGAGCUGAAAACGAGUUCUGCCGCUACUUCAGUGUGAGGUGCCUCUGGAUCGACCCCGACCUGUGCAAAGCACGCGGCGGAGUUUUCAUAUACAGGGGCAGUUUCUGCGGCCUCUGUGACAUCUGUCCCAAAUACGUUGGUUUGGGUCAGUCUUGCAAAGAUGACGACCCAUAUCAGCCGCCAAAGCCCACAUGCGUAGAGCCUUUGAUCUGUGACCGAGACAGCAAAAAAUGUGUGAUGGCACCUGCAAGUGACGAGUAAAGUAACUACAAAGGCACAUCUCAGCUCUACGACUGUCGUCCCUGGAGCAGCAGCAGCAGCAGACCUUGAUGAUCUCAUGGAAAAGGCCACACUGCGUUUUACACCACAGCUAAUGACAAUCGUCAUUUACGUUAGCCAAGAAAAUUCCAUGAACAGACCGUAAAUAUGUAACUAAUUUUUGAGAGGGUUUCAACACUUGUUUUUGAAUGACCGUAGAUUAUUCUGUUAAUUCAAUAAAUGUUCAUGUUACAUGCCAAGCGACGUCAAAUUUCACCAAUUUCCGCUCGAAAAAUAAAGGUUUGAAUCAAAUUAA